GUAAAACGUCAAAAAUUUACUCAAAUGUUUAUACAUGUUAUAUGCUUGAAAAAUAAACCAACAUAAUACUCGUAAAUUAUUGAAGUUUUGAAAACUAUUUUUUCAGCUAACCAUUUGCCAGUCACAGUCACAGCAUUACGUACAUUUUUUUAACCAACAAAAUGACUUUUAUUUCAUCUAUCAUCGUUUUAAAUGUUUCUAUCAUUUUAAUGAUAAUAAUUGCAUUUUCCAAUAUUACGUUUGUGUAUCAAAUACAGUCUUUAGAAUUGUAUCAACUUGCAAACUUAGAUGAUCCAGAUUAUGAAAAAUAUUUGUUACAACCAAAGGCACAAUAUGAAAAAAAAUUGAAUAUUCAUGAAUAUUUUAGAUCAAUACACAAUCUACAUUUUAUAAAAUUUAAAUUGUCAGGUGAGAAAACUUGGAAGGCCCGACUUCGAAAUACUAGAAGUUCCUGUGUUUCUUAUAGAACUGCAAAAUAUGCAGUUGAAGAGUAUUAUACUAAAAUAUUUAAGAAUACGAUUGAAAAACUAACAGAGUGCUGUAAGGUACUUGUGGCAAUAAGUAAAUGUUCCGAAAAUGUUUGCUUGAUCGAAUAUCAACAUCAAAAUAUUUUAGAUAUCGUACAUUCAACUUCAAAAAACGAUCCAGUGGUUCCUAGUGGUUUUGCAGGUUGGAAAAACCUAUUUCAGAAGAAUGAGGUAAUUCUCAACGAAAAAAUUGGAGCCAUUGAUAAAGCAUUAAACUCAGAACCACGUAAAAAACAAUUUUAUCAGUGUUUUCAAGAUUUUAAAAAUGCAGUGUUUAACAUGAAAAUAAAAAAUGCUAAUUACCCAAAAAAGGCUACUAACAUUGACACAAAUGGAACCAAAGAUUUAAGUAUAAAAGAAAAAAAAAAAAUACUACAACUUAAAGACAUCAAUUUUAUAAACAAAAUCCUAAAUUUCAAUAAAAAAUGGCUCCAAGGUAACUAUCAACUAUAUACAGUUUACCUACCUAUAUAUUAA